AGAAAGGUGUUGGAGUAAAGCUGGAAAGAUGUUUGGAGCAUUUAAAGCCACGAAUGUUGCGUUGGGGGGUUUGUUAUGGAAAUUUCCAUUGAAAUUAUCAAGAACCAGGAAAUACAGACAAAGAAAGAGAUUGCAAGCAGUUGAUAAUGUUCUCAGUGUUGUAACUGAAGGGUUGGUUAAAACCGAACAAAUCGUUCCUAAAAAGCUUCAACAGUUGAAUAAUUCGGAAUUUUUCCCCAAAGAACAUGAGAUGUUGCCUAGAGAUAAAUAUACAGUUUACAGUAAGAAAACCAGAGGGUAUAGAAAGGGUAUACACAGGGUGCCAAAAUGGACAAAGGUAUCACAAAGAGUUAAUCCAAAGUAUUAUUAAAAGAAUCCGAAGUGUUAUUAGAAGAACUUGUUUAUCAUGAUUCUUUAUUCUUGUUUUUUUUUAAAAAAGUUUAUUAUUGGUAUUGCUAUGUUGAAAGUUCUUUUAUAAAUAUUCGAAAUGUGUAAAUAGAUAAUGAACGGGUUUAAAUUAUAAUUGACGUGUAAUUAAGAGGUGUAUGUAUUUAUAUAGAGAUAAAAGACAGAGGCAGAUAUAUAUAUAUAUAUACAUUUAUAAAAGAAGUAUAAAAAAAAAGAUAAUGAAAGUAAAAAACUGUUUUAUUAGAGAAUAUUAAUGCACAAAAUAGAUCGGG